CCAGCAGGGAAGGGGGGCACCACCUCAUUUCUGCCAGCCCUGUGUCUAGGUCGUUUGGGAAGCGCCUUGGAGAGUCAAGAAUAAAAUUGCAGGUCAAACAAUGGAUGACUGGAAAAGUCGGCUUGUAAUCAAGAGCAUGCUUCCCCAUUACGCCAUGGUGGGAAAUCGUCAGGAGCCCAGAAAGCUCCAGGAAUCGGGCACCGUUAAGAGGAGACAAGCCGGAGACAGCUUCCAGCACUUCCCAGGCAUGGCUGACGGGGGUUACCCUAAUAAAAUUAAGAGGCCCUGCCUUGAAGAUGUCACCCUUUCUAUGGGCCCAGGGGCCCAUGCCAGUGCCCCCUGUGCUGAGCUGCAGGUGCCUCCACUGUCAGUGAACCCGGGCGCUACAACUAUGAGCGUAGCUGGCCAUUCACUCCUCCUCGAAAACAAUCCCAUGAACGGCAGUCUUAUGGGUUCACCAUUUGUGGUGCCCCAGACAGCAGAAAUGGGGUUGAAAGUGCCCACUGUCCCUUACUACGACAAAGUCAACAGCAUACCAAGCAGCAUGCCAGCUGUAGACCAAGAACUUCAAGAUCUGCUGGAGGAGCUAACCAAAAUUCAGGAACCUUCUCCUAGUGAUCUGGAUCUUGAGAAGAUCCUGGGGAGCAAGCCAGAGGAACCGCUGGUCUUAGAUCAUCCCCCAGCAGCCCUGGGCCCAGCUCCCAAGCCUCCGGUGCACAUGCCACACUCGGAGGGCCUGGGUUCCACCAAGGAGUUUGCUUCGAGUUGCAGCCAAGUGGCCGGCGUGUCACUUCACAUAGCACCCUCCUCUGCAGGGAUCAGCUACACGCUCCCUGCCAGCAGUAAGCAGAUGGCCUCACCCAGUUCUCCGACAGCACAGGCCAAGAGCCAGGGCCGGGCGACGCUCUCUGUUGCUGCGCCACCACCUCAGGUGCCUCAGUGGCAUCACGCUCACCAGCUGAAGGCCUUGGCAGCCAACAAGCAGGGAUCCGCUUCGAAACAGCAAGGGCCCCCGCCCAGCUGGUCUGGUCUGCCUCCCCCAGGCCUAUCCCCUCCCUACCACCCAGUGCCAUCACCACACCCACCACCACCAUUCAGCCCACAGAGCCUCAUGGUGUCCUGCAUGUCGUCCAGCAACCUGCUGGGCAGCAGUCUCCAAGGCUCUCCCAAUGCCUUACUCGCAGGCAUGGCUACCAGCAGCAACGCUGCCCUGGGGCCCGUCAUGCCCUACGUUUCUGAGAAGCUCCCCAGCCCGGCUCUCAACCAGCAGUCGCAGUUCAGCCCUCAGAGCUCCAUUCUUGCCAACCUGGUGUCCUCAAACAUCAAGAACCCCCAAGGACACCUGAUGUCUGCUCUGCCCACCAGCACCCCUGGGCCCUCACCACCCUAUCGCCCGGAGAAGCUCUCCAGCCCGGGCUUGCCGCAGCAGUCCUUCACCCCCCAGUGCUCUCUGCUCCGGAGCCUCACACCCACCAGUACCCCAUUAAGCCAGCAGCAGCAGCAAGCAAAUUCGAUCUUUAAGCCCAUGCCCUCUGGCUCCUCCAAAACCCUGAGCCUGAUCAUGCAACAGGGGUUGGCCAACCCCAGCCCAGGGGCCCCAGAGCCGUUUACUUUUGGCAACACCAAGCCCUUGUCCCAUUUUGUCUCUGAGCCGGGCCCCCAGAAGCCGCCCUCCAUGCCGGCCACCUCCAGGCAGCCUUCCCUGCUCCACUACCUGCAGCAGCCAAUGCCAACGCAGGCCUCUUCGGCCACUGUCUCCUCCACCGCCACUGCCACCUUGCAGCUGCAGCAGCAUCAGCCUGACCAUUCCUCGAUCCUCCUGCAGCAGAUGAUCCAGCAGCCCCAGCGCCUGCCGCGAUCGCUGCCCUCGGAGCCCAGACAGCCAGAGAAACAGAGAGCAGGUCUUACGGCAAUGACCCCUGAACAGCGGAGUGCAUAUAUAGCCCAACAGAUGAGUCAAUUUCAAGCCGUCCAAGAACUAGUCACCUCCAAGUGCAGCCGGACCAAGGCAAGCCCCCAGCCCAGCCAGCCCCUGACACCAUCCAGAACCCGGCUUCUUCAGAGCAAUCUGAGUCCAGGAACGAUCCCUCUCACCAGGCCCCCGCACCGGGGCACUAUGGACGUGACCUCGCCGAAUCCCAGCAAACAGCCAGCAAUCAUCAUCUCCGGCCCCCAGUGUCCCCUGCCCCCACGGUCCAGCCAGCAUGCACAGAGUCCCAAGGCAGCUCCCCCAGGAGUGCCCCUGCCCGGCUUCUGUCCCAGUCCCCUGGGCAGCCAGCACCUGAGUCCCCACCAGCUCCAACAUCCCAGUGUGCCAAGAAUGCCCAAUGUGUUCAACAAUGCCCCGUGGGCGGUGGUGGCAGCAACUGGGACUGCAGCGGUCUCAAGGGGACCAGCUCCGGGCCAAGUAGAUAAUAGCAUUCUGCCACAUUUUGAUAGCAAUUCCACCUUCACCAAGGCGCCCAUGACAAUGGCCUCGGGGGGCCCACCUAGCCAGAAGGCAGGUGCUGCCCUGGCCAACCGCAACUUCAGCCUGCUGGGCAGCCAGAGCCUCAGGCAGAGCCCGGUGCGGGGCCCCGUGCCGGUGCUGAGCGCCACCAAGUCCCUCCAGCAAGGCCUGGCCAGCUUCAGUCCCAUGAGUCCUAUCCAGGGCGUUGAGCCGCCAAGCUACGUGGCCGCCGCCGCUGCCACUGCUGCUGCCUCCGCCAUUGCUGCCAGCCAGUCACCAGGUCCAUCCAACAGAAUGGGCCCCCCUGCUGAGCUGCCGCCCUAUGAUUCAGUGCCCCAGCUCCCACUCAACCAUCUGAUCUCGCCCCCUGACUGCAGUGAGGUGGAUUUCAUCGAAGCCCUCUUGAAAGGCCCCAGCGCGAGCCCAGAUGAGGACUGGGUGUGCAACCUGAGGCUGAUUGAUGACAUUUUGGAGCAGAAUGCUGCUGCCCAAAAUGCCACAGCCCAGAACGCUGGCCAGCCCACCCGGGAGGCCGGGGAGCUUUAA